AUGAGAUCUAGUUUAGCUCUGCGUUUAAGAAAUUCCAUAGAUAACACUUAAAUAUAAUAUGAUAAUAAAUACUCAGUUCAUGUGAAUACUUAACAUCAUGUAUUAAGUCCUAGAAAAUCAAUUGAUAAAACUACAGUUCAUUAGAUUUAUAAAGUAACUUAACCAUAACAAAUAAAACAUAAAACAAUAAAACUAAGUAGAGAUGUUUGUGGGUAUAACGUUAAAUACAAUAAUUCAGUUGAUGUAAGUUUAGAAGAAUUGAAAAAAAUAAAAACAUUAGAAAAAAGUUUAUAUUGCAUUUAAGAGAAUCGAAAAAUGGCGGAUAAUAAAAUGAUUACUGAAAAAGUUCUAAAAGAGGUUCUGUAAAUAUAAUAACUAUUCUUCUUAGAAUCCUUUUUCUAUAAGCAAUAACAUAGAUAAAUAACAGAAAAGAUACUCUCUUCCAGUUUUGAAUAAGAAACAAUCACCUUAACAUAAUAGUCCUGAUAAGAUGAAAGUUCCUAUGUUACCAUCAAUUUCUGAAAAUACAUAUCAAAAAUAAUAAAAUAACUUUAGCAUAGAGAAAUGUUUAGAAGACUUAAACAAAAUAAAAAGUGGGGGUUAAAAGGAACAUGCAUAAUCAACAGAGAGAGUUCUAGAUUUGUUAUUAUUAAAUACUUGUGAUUUAAAGAAAAUAUUUAGAAAUUAAAACUAAAAGAACAAAAGGAAAAUAAUUGUUUAAAGUAAAGUGCCAUAGGAUUUUUUCAAUAUCUUAAAAAACUUCUGA